AAUUUUAAAGUGUAACUUGAAGUGUUUACCUUCACAAUGGAGACACCGUUGCUGAAUGGCUACUCCGGCGAACACAACCAGCUUGUUGGUGCGGACGGGGACUACCGUCCUGCAAAAAGUAUUAAGGAUUGGUGGGCAAUUUUGUGCGUGGAGACAUUGAAGCUGUGGAGAAUAGGAGGUCCUAUAGCAUUCAACAUAAUCUGCCAAUAUGGAGUGAAUUCCCUUACAAAUAUAUUUGUUGGACAUCUUGGAAAUAUUGAGCUCUCUGCUAUUUCUAUUGCUCAAACUGUUAUUAGUACUUUCUCUUUUGGCUUCAUGAUGGGAAUGGGGAGUGCGUUGGAGACACUAUGUGGACAGGCAUAUGGAGCAGGGCAAGUUCACAUGUUGGGCGUUUAUAUGCAACGAUCCAUCAUAAUCCUGCUUGCUACGUGUGUCUGUCUAUUGCCCAUUUACUUAUUCACGACUCCAGUUCUCUUGUUGCUAGGCCAAGAAACUGCAAUCGCGGAGCUCUCUGGAAGAUAUACCAUGUUACUCAUCCCCCAGUUGUUUUCACUUGCUAUCAAUUUCCCUACUUCCAAAUUUCUUCAAGCUCAGAGUAAAGUGGAUGUUCUCGCUGGGAUUGGAUUCGCGGCUGUGCUGAUGCACGCUGUGUUCCUCUGGCUCUUUAUAUACACACUUGAAUGGGGUACUAAUGGUGCUGCUAUAGCCUUCGAUCUCACGAAUUGGCUUACUGCGAUAGCUCAAUUAGGAUAUGUUGUUGGAUGGUGUAAGGAUGGGUGGAAAGGGUUAUCGUGGGCAGCAUUCAACGAGAUUUGGGCAUUUGUGAGACUUUCUAUUGCUUCAGCUGUUAUGUUAUGCCUUGAGAUUUGGUACAUGAUGAGUAUUAUUCUCCUUGUUGGCCAUCUUAACAACGCCGUGAUAGCAGUUGGAUCCAUUUCAAUCUGUAUGAACAUCAAUGGAUGGGAGAGCAUGCUUUUCAUUGGAAUUAAUGCUGCCAUAAGCAUCCGAGUCUCAAAUGAACUCGGGCAAGGACAUCCAAGAGCUACCAAAUACUCAGUCUACAUCACGGUGUUUCAGUCCCUCCUAAUAGGGAUACUCUGCAUGGGAAUUGUACUAGUAGCUAGAGAUCAUCUGGCCAUUAUCUUUUCAAACAGCAAGGAGAUGCAAGAAGCUGUUGCUGAUCUUGCUUACCUUCUAGGGAUCACCAUGGUUCUUAAUAGUGUUCAGCCGGUUAUAUCAGGGGUUGCUAUUGGAGGUGGAUGGCAAGCUUUAGUAGCUUAUAUCAAUCUUGGUUGCUAUUAUGUUUUUGGACUCCCUCUAGGAUAUCUUCUUGGUUAUGUAGCAAAAUUAGGAACAAAGGGACUUUGGUUAGGGAUGAUAGCAGGGGCAGCUUUGCAGACUCUUCUACUCUUGAUUAUACUGUACAAGACUAACUGGAACAAGGAGGUUAACGACACGACGGAGCGUAUGCGCAAGUGGGGAGGUCAAGAUUUUGAAACACAGAAAUCUACAGAUGGACAGUUAACUAUUGAGAAUGGUGGUGUAGCUUAAGUUUAUGAUUGAUGGAAAUAUGUAUUUUUCAUGUUUAUGUUUGAGUUGGAAACUUGCAAAUCUGUUUCUUUUGUUAUGGACUCGCAAUAGAAAUGUGGAUUUUCAAAU